CAUCGUGAAAGGUUUUAUAUCUAUUUUUUUAAGAAUGAGUGAAAAUCUCGAAAGUCAACAAGAUGAUGAGACAAUUGAGAGUCUGAGAGACACUUUAAAGCAUUUUGGUACUGCUGACUAUUUGGUUUUCAUAGCAAUGUUAUUAUCAUGUACAGUCGUCGGAGUUUAUUUUGGAUAUGAAGAUUAUCAGAAGAAGAAGCGAAUCAAAAAUGCAAGACGGGGAUCAGAGGCGAUGGAUUAUCUUGUUGGAGGUCGAAAUAUGAAGAUUUUUCCGGUUGCGAUGUCGCUUGUUGCAUCUUGUAUAUCGGGGAUUGCGUUGUUGGGAACAAGCACGGAAAUUUAUCUCUAUGGAUAUCAAUAUUCUUUUAUUUUAAUUGGAUAUUUAAUUGCUGCUUACAUUCUUCACCAUUCAGUCAUUCCUAUUUUUCAUGAACUUCAAAUAACGUCUGCUUAUGAGUAUUUACAAUUACGGUUUGACAAGAAGGUUCGCCUGUUCGGGUCGGUAAUGUUUUCAUUAUCUACGCUUCUAUGGAUGCCAAUAGCGAUUUACGUGCCCGCACUUGCGUUUAGUCAAACUACAGGUAUGGAUGUUCACAUGAUAACGCCUGUUGUUAUGUUCAUUUGUAUCUUUUACACUUGUCUCGGUGGAAUUAAGGCGGUUGUAUGGACGGAUGUGAUACAAAUCAUGAUAAUGUACGGAACAUUGAUUUUGAUAAAUAUCAAAGGUACAUACGAAGCUGGUGGACUUGCUGUUGUUAUUGAAAGAAAUAUUGAAAGCGGAAGGCUGUCGAUGCCUGACUUCCGCAUCGACCCAACCAUCCGUAUAUCCUUCUGGACAAUGAUAAUCGGUGGCACAUUUUUCCGAACAUAUGUAGGCAUCAAUCAAAGUAUGAUUCAAAGAUUCAUGGCUCUAAAAAAUGUUCAUGUUGCUAGGAAGUGUCAAAUUACGUAUAUCGCUGGCAUUUUCAUCUUGAAUCUGAUGUGCUAUUACAAUGGAUUAUUGCUGUAUGCAUCAUAUCAUGACUGCGAUCCGUUAACGACAAAACUAGCGAAGGCAAAAGAUCAAAUUAUGCCAUUAUAUGUUAUGAGGAUAUUAAAGAAUUUGCCAGGCUUAUCGGGUCUAUUUAUAGCUGGAGUUUUCUCAGCAUCAUUGAGCUCAUUGUCGACAGCAUUAAACUCAUUUGCAGCAGUUGUGCUUGAGGACUUCUGUAAGCCUUAUAUGAAAGAUGAAAUUUCUGAGAAAAUGAGUGGGAUAAUAAUGCGAGCGACAGUAUUAAUUGUUGGUAUUAUUACCGUUGCACUUGUGUAUGUUGUGCAACAUAUGGGAUCCGUUCUACAGCUCGCAAUGACUGUACCGUCAAUAUGCUUUGGUCCAAUGUUGGGCGUUUAUAUUAUUGGCAUUCUCAUACCAUGGAUUGAGAAGCGUGCAACUUUAUAUGGCGCAUUAACAGGAUGUACUGCAAUGAUUGCUUUUAUAUCUAAAGUACAAACAGAAAUUGCUCGGGGCAAUAUAACAUAUCCAACGAAGCCCGUAUCUGUUGAAGGAUGUACAUAUAAGUUUAAUGCUGUUAAUAUUACAAAUAUAUUACACAAUGAUGACCCUGAGGAACCGGAAAGAGAUUUCUUUCAUUUAUCCUUCUUGUAUUAUACAUUAUUGGGAUCAACAAUUGUCAUAGUUUCAUCUGUGAUUUAUAGCUUCAUAUUUGGAUUUAGUGAUCCAUCAGAUGUUGAUUUGAGAUUAUUGGCGCCAUUUAUUAGAAAAUAUUUUGAAGUUAAAUCCGAUGAGAAGGAACAGGAAAUGAUGAAAUGUGUCAAUGGAAAGAAUCCACAGAAAAUUGAGUAUGAUGAGGAUGAACGAGACAUGGCAUGUGCAGUAUUAUCUUAAUCUUUUAAGAAGCUUAAAUAUAGGAUAUAAAUAUUGAUGUUGGAAUUGAACAAUAAACAUACUUCUGUGCUCUAAAUACUUUCUGUUUAUCUUUCAACUUUAGUUUAUUAAAUUUUGUUUAAAUUGUUUAAAUAAACUUAAAAUAUUUGCAAGUAAAAU